CAUCAGCGCACCCUGGUGUUAUGUUUCGUCAAGCUGCCUGGUGAAUGUCUAGGUUUCUAUGUAGUAUAUAGUUUGUCUUUUUUUUGCACAUAUAAAAAAAUAUAUUUUCAUAUGCAAACAAUUAUCAGAUUUAUUGUAUAUGGUAUAUGUAAAUAAUACUACCUAACUUAAAAGACAACGGUUCGUUUUAAAUUGGGUAACGAAAGAUGGAUGCCUAUACAGUACCAUUAGAUCCGGAAACAGAAUUGUAUUGCACAAUUUAUUUAUUUGCAUAUGUGCAAAAUAUCGAUGAAGUACGUUUGAAAGUUUUAAACGGUGAACUUUCUUGUGCUGUUGUAAAAGCAGCACUCGUAGUGGAUGUGUUUCAAAUAUUGGUAGCUGCCAAUAAAGCUGCGGUCAAUGAGAAGAUGAAACAACUUACCACGAAGAGUUUAUACACGGAACUUUUGUAUAAUUUAUCAAUGUCAAAGAACAUAUCACGUUCGUUAAUAGAAUUUGGUAUUAAUGAUCGCGACAAAAAUAUAGUGGUAGCGCAAAUACACAAAAUAAACGAUGAAAAAUCAUUAUCGCAACCUCUCUUGGACAGUGUGAAAGGGGAACGAAUAGCAAUUUCAAGAUUAUCAGAAUUUUCGGAUCAUGACUUAAUUAGAAAAACGUAUAAAAUCGACGACGAUGAACUAACUGUUUCGAACCUGGCCGAUUCAGUUGUGUCCAGAAUUAGUUGUAAGGAAUGUAUAUUAUUAAAAUAGGAUCAAAGUCGUGAACGACAUCGCGAUACGCUAAUGGAGAAAUUAAAAGAUUGUAUUCUUAAUUCGGUUUGUCAUUGCUGACAAUAAAAGUUUGUUAGAAAUUUUA